UCGCUGACGGUCUCCUUUUCCUGUUGUUGCAGCACGUCAGUCGCGGGCCGGUCGCCAAAGCGGUGCCGGACGGCCUCAGCCAUGUCGGCGGCGACACCGUCGACGGGCACGCCCUGGGCCCCGGAGGCCUGGGGCACAACCUGGACCAGCACUCUGAGGAAGACAUGCUGAUGGGCUCGGAGACCCACGAGAUCGAGCUGGGCGAGGUGGUCAAGGAAGGCCACGACAAGGCGGACCCCUCCCAGUUCGAGUUGCUCAAAGUGCUGGGCCAGGGCUCCUUUGGCAAGGUGUUUCUUGUGCGGAAGGUAGUUGGGAAAGAUGCGGGCACCCUGUAUGCCAUGAAAGUAUUGAAAAAAGCCACCCUAAAGAUUAUUGAUCUUUAG